AGGAGCCUGGGGCUAGAGAGAGGAAGGAUGGAGCAGUCCUACGCUUUAGAUUCUUCACCAUGUGCCCGAGGAGGUGGACACCGCAUGCAUCUACGUGCGUUUGGAGGGGCAUCUGCACAGACAGCCCACGGAACGUCACAAAGCCGGCGCACGCUGGAGCCCAGCGCCCAGUGCGCACGCUCAGCACCCAGCCGCGCUACGCAGGCGCACUGCGGCCCGGCGCCGGGCUGCGCGAGCGCCGGUUCCCGGCGGGCUCCCAGGAAGCGAGGCGCGCGCCAUGGAACAGCGGUUAGCCGAGUUCCGAGAGGCCCGGAAACGGGCCGGGCUGGCGGCCGAACCCAGCACUUGCAGGCAGAGCGCACAAACCUCGGGAGAGAAGGCGGAAGCAACUGCCACUCCAAAGUCUGCCCCAGGCUGGCUAAGACGGUUCCUGGUGUGGAGACCGAGGCCCGCGAGUGCCCCGGCCCAGCCCGGCCUCGCUCAGGAAGCCGCUCAGCCUGGGAGCAGCACGUCACAGCCCCCACGGAGGACAGCCGUUCCCCCACCGUUGCCGCGGGACCAGUCCUUCCUGACCAGCAUCACCUUCUUGAAGAUUCUUCUCUGGUUGAUCCUGCUGGGACUGUUUGUGGAACUGGAAUUUGGCCUGGCUUAUUUUGUCCUGUCCUUGUUCUACUGGAUGUAUGUCGGGACACGAGGUCCCGGGGAGAAGAAGGAGGGAGAGAAAAGCGCCUACUCUGUGUUCAACCCGGGCUGCGAAGCCAUCCAGGGCACCCUGACUGCAGAGCAGUUAGAGCGCGAGUUACAGCUUAGACCCCUGGAGGGGAGAUAGGAGCAGCUCUGCUGCACGCCGUGGCCCUCCUAGCCCUUGGCCGUGGACUUGUGGGGUUGUUCAGGUGCCCCAGACUAAGGACAGCUUGCCGGCUAGUCCUGUGACCGCGCAGUUUUACCUGUUUUCCCUGAUCUGCUGCAGUUUCAUCUUAGAACUUCUCUUUGGUUUUGGUGAAAUUCCUGAAAGAUACUCACUGUGUAUUUGAUGCAAUUAUAAAAAUUACAUACUGGAGAGGAGACCUGUUUGUGCCCUGAUUUUGAGAGAUGGUUUAAGAGCACUACAGAGGCACUGGGGAGCUGACUGUGAAAAUAGCCAGCUGUUUGUUGUGACGGUCAGGUCCAUGGGACUGUACACUAAAAGUAAAUGUUCUCUGUACGUC